AUGAAAGUGAAACAAUCUACAAAACCUAUUUCUAGUCCAGGUAGAAUGGACAACAAGUUCCCACCACCAUUAAUGAGAUUCUUAAGAACCAAUGCUGGUAACAGAAGCAGAGGAAGAUCAAAAUCAAACUCCAUGUUCCUAAUCCUAACAAAAAAGAACACCACAACCAUUGAAACCAAAGAACCUUCUUCUCCCAAAGUCACUUGCAUGGGUCAAGUUCGAGUCAAACGCUCCUCCAUCUCCAAACAACCCACCGCCAAAAAGGGUCUCCCCUCCACCGUCUCCGGCAACUUUUCUCCGACCAAAUGCAACCGCUGCUUCUGGUGGGUCCCACAUACUCUGUUUUGCUUCCAAUCUGUAAUUCACCCAAAUUUCGCAUGCUGCUUUAGAUUUCGAAGAAAAGAAAAAGCUUCAAAGGUUUCAGAAGCUUCGACGAAAAAUGGGUCGAAAGAAUCAAAGCGAAGAGAAGAAGAAGAAGAAGAAGAAGAAAAAAACAGAGUAGUUAGCAAUAAUGCUUUUUUUUCUUCUUCUUCGUCUUCUUUUUGUUCUACGCCACCGAGAAAUGCUUUGUUAUUAACGAGGUGCAAAUCUGCACCGUGUAGUUCUUCUUCUUCUUCUUCUUCUCUAGCAAAUAGGUUUUGGGGUUCUCCAUUAAGGAGUGAAGAAAAAACAGAACAACUCUUUGAGGAAAAACAGAGACACAGUACUGAGUCUGUUUCAAAGUUGAGAUUUUUUAAGGAACUUGAAGAUUCAAUCAGAGAAAGAAUAGUAGAAUCUGAAAGGGUUUGUAAAUUGAAGAGAAAGGAAGAAGCAGAAGGAAACUCUGUAGCACGUUGUUUAGUGCUAAAAAGGUGCAAAUCUGAACGAACAAGAAAAACUUUAUCGUGA